GGGGGCUCCCUCUGGUGAUUGCAGCCAGAAUGAAGAUGUCUUCUGAGCAGUGGCAGUUUCCAGAUGUUGGUGUGUGAGAACUGGGCUUGAGUGCCCACGUGGCUGUGGAGUCUUGGCGUGAUUCAUGACUGAGGAAACGCAGCCUCUGCCCCGUCUCUCCUUGGCACUUUCCACACAUGAGGGGAAGACGAGCUUCUGUUUAGAAGACGAGUGCCCAGAGUCGGAGGCCCCCUGCCUGCCAUGAAGGGGACCUGCGUCCUUGCGUGGCUGCUCUCAAGCCUGGGGCUGUGGAGACUCGCCCACCCGGAGACACAGGGCACGACUCAGUGUCAGACAGCUGAGCACCCAGUCAUUUCCUAUAAAGAAAUUGGCCCCUGGUUACGGGAGUUCCGAGCGAAGAAUGCUGUGGAUUUCUCGCAGUUAACAUUUGACCCAGGACAGAAAGAACUUGUUGUAGGAGCAAGAAACUACCUCUUCAGGUUGAAGCUUGAGGAUCUAUCUCUUAUCCAGGCUGUGGAGUGGGAGUGUGAUGAAGCCACCAAGAAGGCCUGUUACAGCAAGGGCAAAUCGAAGGAGGAAUGUCAGAACUACAUCCGGGUGCUUUUGGUGGGUGGCAACCGGUUAUUCACCUGUGGGACCAACGCUUUCACACCUGUCUGCACCAACCGCUCGCUGAGCAACCUGACUGAGAUCCACGAUCAGAUCAGUGGCAUGGCCCGCUGUCCCUACAGCCCCCAGCACAACUCCACAGCCCUGCUCACGGCCGGAGGGGAGCUCUACGCAGCUACCGCCAUGGAUUUCCCAGGACGCGAUCCUGCCAUUUACCGGAGUCUGGGCAUCUUGCCCCCUCUCCGCACCGCGCAGUACAACUCCAAAUGGCUCAACGAACCAAACUUCGUGUCAUCUUAUGACAUCGGAAAUUUUACCUACUUCUUUUUCCGAGAAAAUGCCGUGGAGCAUGACUGCGGGAAAACCGUGUUCUCCAGGGCUGCCCGGGUCUGCAAGAACGACAUCGGAGGGCGGUUCCUGCUCGAGGACACCUGGACCACGUUCAUGAAGGCACGCCUGAACUGCUCGCGCCCCGGGGAGGUCCCCUUUUACUACAACGAAUUGCAGAGCACUUUCUUCCUGCCCGAGCUGGAUUUGAUCUAUGGCAUCUUUACCACCAAUGUGAACAGCAUCGCCGCGUCGGCCGUGUGCGUCUUCAACCUGAGCGCCAUCGCGCAGGCCUUCACCGGGCCCUUCAAGUACCAGGAGAACUCGCGCUCCGCCUGGCUGCCCUAUCCCAACCCCAACCCCAACUUCCAGUGCGGCACCGUGGACCAGGGCGUGUAUGUGAACUUGACAGAGAGGAACCUGCAGGAUGCUCAGAAGUUCAUUCUGAUGCAUGAGGUGGUGCAGCCAGUGACCACCGUGCCCUCCUUCAUGGAGGACAACAGCCGCUUCUCCCACGUGGCCGUCGACGUGGUUCAGGGCCGAGAUGCACUCGUCCACAUCAUCUACUUGGCCACAGAUUACGGCACCAUUAAGAAGGUGCGGGCGCCCCUGAAUCAGACCUCAGGCAGCUGUUUGCUGGAAGAGAUCGAGCUCUUCCCCGAGGGGCGGCGGGAGCCCGUCCGGAGCCUGCAGAUCCUCCACAGCCAGAGCGUCCUGUUCGUGGGCCUGCUGGGACACGUGGCCAAGAUCCCCCUGAAGAGGUGCCAGUUCCACCGCACGCGCAGCGCCUGCAUUGGGGCCCAGGACCCUUACUGCGGCUGGGACGUGGUGAUGAAGACGUGCACCAGCCUGGAGGAGAGCCUCAGCAUGACGCAGUGGGAGCAGAGCAUCUCCGCCUGUCCGACCAGGAAUCUCACCGUGGAUGGACGCUUUGGCACGUGGUCUCCGUGGACGCCCUGCACGCAUACAGAUGGCAGUGCCGUGGGAUCCUGCCUCUGCCGAACCCGCUCCUGUGACAGCCCGGCCCCGCAGUGUGGCGGCUGGCAGUGUGAGGGUCCCAGCAUGGAGAUCGCCAACUGCUCCAGGAACGGAGGCUGGACCCCCUGGACGUCAUGGUCUCCCUGCAGCACCACCUGCGGGAUCGGCUUCCAGGUGCGGCAGCGCUCCUGCAGCAACCCCACUCCCCGGCACGGGGGCCGCGUGUGCGUGGGGCAGAACCGCGAGGAAAGAUACUGCAAUGAGCAUUUGCUGUGCCCCCCACACAUGUUCUGGACAGGCUGGGGUCCUUGGGAACGGUGCACGGCCCAGUGCGGGGGCGGCAUUCAAGCUCGCCGCAGGACCUGCGAGAAUGGGCCUGACUGCGCGGGCUGCAACGUGGAGUACCAACCUUGCAACACGAACCCGUGUCCUGAGCUGAAGAAGACCACACCCUGGACACCCUGGACUCCCGUCAACAUCUCUGACAACGGUGGCCACUAUGAGCAGCGAUUCCGAUACACAUGCAAAGCCCGCCUGCCUGAUCCGAAUUUGCUGGAAGUGGGAAGACAGAGAAUUGAAAUGCGAUACUGUUCUAGCGAUGGAACCAGUGGCUGCUCCACAGAUGGGCUGUCUGGUGAUUUCCUACGUGCUGGGAGGUACUCUGCCCACACCGUCAAUGGGGCUUGGUCAGCCUGGACUUCAUGGUCUCAGUGCAGCCGCGACUGCAGCAGGGGCAUUCGGAACCGGAAGCGUGUUUGCAACAACCCCGAACCCAAGUACGGGGGCAUGCCUUGCUUGGGCCCGUCUCUGGAAUACCAGGAGUGUAACAUUUUGCCAUGCCCAGUGGAUGGUAUGUGGUCUUGCUGGUCCCCCUGGUCAAAAUGCUCAGCAACAUGUGGCGGUGGACACUACAUGAGGACCCGCUCAUGCACAAAUCCAGCCCCGGCCUACGGAGGGGACAUCUGCCUGGGGCUGCACACGGAAGAGGCGCUGUGCAACACGCAGCCCUGCCCAGAGAGCUGGUCAGAGUGGUCCGACUGGUCUGAGUGCGACGCGUCUGGCACCCAGACCCGCAGCCGCCAGUGUAUCCUCCUGUUCCCUGCGGGCGGCCAGUGCUCUGGCAACACCACGGAGAGCCGGCCGUGUGUUUUCGACUCCAAUUUCAUCCCAGAAGUAUCUGUGGCAAGAUCCAGUAGCGUAGAAGAGAAAAGGUGUGGAGAGUUCAACAUGUUCCACAUGAUCGCUGUGGGCCUGAGCAGCUCCAUCCUCGGCUGCCUCCUCACCCUGCUCGUCUACACCUACUGCCAGCGGUACCAGCAGCAGGCCCACGACGCGACCGUCAUCCACCCUGUCUCACCCGCCCCUCUCAACACCAGCAUCACCAACCACAUCAACAAGCUGGACAAGUACGACUCGGUGGAGGCCAUCAAGGCAUUUAACAAAAACAACUUGAUCCUAGAGGAAAGAAACAAAUACUUCAACCCACAUCUCACUGGGAAGACCUAUUCUAAUGCCUACUUUACAGAUCUCAAUAAUUAUGAUGAGUACUAA